AUGUCACAGAUUCACCCCUUUCACCCUUUGACCCCAAGGGAAAUCGCAAAGGCCGCAACGAUUGUUCGUCAUGCAUUCCCAGGACAAACAGCCAACUUCCGAGUUAUCACUUUGAAAGAGCCCGCAAAGGCCGAGAUGAUCCCGUUUCUGGAGCACGAACAUCGAGGAACUGUAUCCGACAAGCCUGCGAGAAUUGCCCGUGUGCAGGUAGUCCUGCCUGAUGAUAAGACAUCCAAGUUCAUUGAACUCUGGGUUGACAUCGACCACGCGGCUAUCAUUAAAAAGGAACAUCUUGUCGGAAAGCAUCCAUACAUUGAUUCUGACUACAUGCAAGCCGUUGAGAAAGCUUGCUUGGCCGAUCCACGGAUUCAAAAAGAGAUUGCUCACCUUCAACUACCUGAUGGUGCGUCGGUUAUUGUCGAAGCAUGGGCGUGCGCCACGGAUGGUCUUAAUGACGUGUCACAGCGAACCACCAUGUGCUGGUUCUACAUGCGCUUGGUAAAUGAUCACGAUGCUAAUUACUACGCCUAUCCGCUAGACCUGUGCGCCGAAGUAUCGGAGCAAUUGAAUGUCACAAAGAUCUACCAAUUGCCCUCCGGUCCCGAUGAGCGCAUAGGCGACAAGCCCAAGCCAUUUGACCGCCGCAAAAUUCACGGUGCAGAGACCGAAUAUAGCCCAGGCUUGAGGCCUUCUCCUCGAACAACGACUAAGCCGUAUCAAGUCGUACAGCCUGAAGGUCCCUCGUUCAAGACACAAGGAAACUAUUUGGAAUGGGAAAAGUGGUCCAUGCAUAUCGGAUUCAAUUACCGAGAGGGUCUCACGCUCCACAAUGUUCGCUACGAUAACCGCAGUCUUUUCUACCGUUUGUCACUCGCAGAGAUGUUUGUGCCAUAUGGCGAUCCUCGUGCACCAUACCCACGCAAGGCGGCAUUUGAUCUCGGCAAUGAUGGCGCGGGUAUUAAUGCCAAUAACCUCCGUCUGGGCUGUGAUUGCCUGGGCCAUAUUAAGUACUUUGAUGGCUGGCACACCACUACCUCGGGAGACCCAGUGAAGCUGCCUAACGUGAUCUGCUGCCAUGAGCAAGAUGACGGUAUUCUUUGGAAACACACAAACUUCAGGACCCAAAAUGCAGUCGUAACGCGUUCGCGGAUACUGGUCUUGCAAACAAUUAUCACGGUCAGCAACUAUGAAUAUAUCUUUGCAUUCCAGUUCGGCCAGGAUGGUUCUAUUCACUACGAAGUUCGCGCUACUGGAAUCCUCUCGACUUGCCCGAUUAAUAUUGGUGAUAAUGUGCCUUACGGUACUAUCGUCGCCCCGGGUGUCCUGGCCCCUUACCAUCAACAUUUGUUCUCCCUCCGUAUGGACCCUGCGAUCGAUGGCCAUAACAACUCCCUACAGGUAGAGGAGUCGCACGCUAUGCCUGUUGAUGUCAAUACAUUCGACCACCAAGGCCAAUCGCAGGCCCAGGUGGACUCCUACAAUAAUCCCUUCGGUGUCGGCUAUGUCACGCGCUCUUCCAUUGUCGAUCGGGAGGGAGGUAUGGAUCUGGAUUUCACAACGAACCGCACAUUCAAAAUCGUCAACGAGAAUGUUAUUAACCCCGUGACGGGCACCCCGGUUGGCUUUAAGCUACUUCCUGCCUAUAGCCAGAUGCUAUUGGCACACCCGGAAUCAUACCAUGCUAAGCGCUCUGAGUUUGGAAAGCAUGCUGUUUGGGUCACCCGUUAUAAUGAUGAAGAGCACUUCCCAUCUGGCCGCCAUACUAUGCAAUCGACCGGCGGAGAUGGCAUCGCUACAGGAAUUGCAAAGCGCGCUGGCUCUGAAGAUUCCUUGGUAAGGAACAAAGACAUCGUUAUCUGGCACACUUUUGGAUCGACGCACAACCCAAGGAUCGAAGACUGGCCUGUGAUGCCGUCGGAGAAGGUGGUCGUUGGUCUCAAGCCCGUCAACUUCUUCACCGGGAACCCUGGGCUAGAUGUUGCUGUGUCUACACAGGAGCGAAACCGGAGCGUGUUGGUUGAUGCAGGCGACAAUAUCAAUUCGAAGUCGGGAUGUUGCAAGCUGUAG